UUUGAGGAGCCUCCCCUAGGGUAUGAAGCUCCUUGCACUCAGUUAUCUCUCACUAAUUCCUGUAAUCAUUUCCUUUACUUUUUUGAGUUUCGCAUAGAGUUUUGCUGAAGAUCGGGGAUUAUAGGAUCAUGGGAGACUCUUCUGCCUCUUAUAUACACAUGGUGCAGCACCUGAUAGAGAAGUGUCUGAUCUUUCACAUGACUAAAGAAGAGUGCAUGGAAGCCCUUUCAAAACAUGCAAACAUCAAACCUGUUAUCACUUCCACUGUGUGGAAUGAACUGGAGAAAGAAAAUAAGGAAUUCUUCGAGGCGUAUGCGCAAUCUCAGAGCAAAGCAGAGCGAAUGUCCGAGGAAGAGACAAGCCAGAUGAUCCAGAAGAUGAUAUCGGAUUCAUCCAAAGAUUCCGACGAUUAACAUGCUCUCUGAAAGCGAUCUUGCCCGGUUCGUAGUUACUUGAGCACUCCAAAAUUUUUACAUCUACCCAAACACGGGUCUCAGCUAAAUGUAGUCCGUGUCAGAGUGGUCCUAUACGGAAGAGUACGAUCCGAGUAUCUGCGCCAUUGUCCUCUCCAAUUAAGUUAAUUAACCAUCCUCAAUCUGUGUAACCAACCAGACAAGCCACGUUACUCAUGUAUUAAUUAGCUUGUUAAUCAAGCGUACGAUUAUUUACAUGUGUAUAUAUAUAAUUACGCGCGUGAUAAUCAUUAAUUUGGUACUACUGUUUAAUUAAGCUGUUUUAAAUAGAUCAUCAUUUCUACGA